CUAUGGCACCGUAGCAUUUACAACGACUUAUUAACGUACUUAAGUACAUACACACAUACGUACAUAUAUACCUACAUACAAUAGUAUAUUCGCUACCAUAUUUCAUGGCACUAAAUGAUUUGCGAAUUCGUACCAAGGAUGGGGAAGUGCUCGGCACCCGUGACUCAUUAUUUGAGAAAUCGCAGGUAGUUCAAGAAGCGAAAAAGGUGUCGGACCAAGAAGGUUGCAUCUCAUUAAAUAAAAUCACAUCAAACAUUUUGCGUCGCAUUAUCAUAUGGGCCGAAAAAUGUGAGGAUGCAUCCUAUGAUUUGGACGAUAACAACAUGGAAGCAUGGAAAGAUCAAUUCUUAGAUGUCGAUAAUGAAACAUUAUUCCAAAUAAUUAGCGCUGCAGAUGACUUGCAUCAAAAGGAACUCGUCAAUAGGGCUAUAACUAAAGUGGCUAAAGGCAUCAGUGACAAAUCAGCACCGGAAAUAGCGAAAUAUUUUAAUUUACGUUCGAAAAAUGUACACUUGUGAGAAUUUAUAGAAGCGGAAAUGAAAUAAAUAAAGUAUAAUUAUUACUUCCAAACAUAAUACGUUUGGUACGUACA